AUGUCUUAUAGAAACCCCAAUGUGGAGAAUCCUCAAGACCAAGUGUAUCCUCCAAGGUAUCCACAACAACAAAGACCUCCUUACCAAUCUCAAGGAAGUCAAUUUCAGCCAAGGCAAGGAUAUGAGCAGAGAUCAUCAUAUCCGCCCAAGGAGCCAUAUGCUUCUUCACCAAAUCAAGCUCCUCCAAACCAACAAGGUGGGAGAUUUGAAGGAAUCCUCCAACAGAUCAUGGAUGGCCAGAAGAGAAACACUAAAGAGAUGUAUGAGAAGAUGGACACUUUGUUCAGCAAUCUCAACACCAAGUAUGAUGCUGUUGCCACUCAUGUGAAGAAACUAGAGACUCAAGUCACUCAAACUAUGGAAGCUGUUAAGAGACAGGAAGCUGAAUCCAAGAAGUCCUUUUGCAACUCAGCCGCCAUAGAAGAAAGAUUUGAAGACCAAGUUCCAGAAUGGAUGCUUUCAAAACCUACUGUUGAUUGCAUGAUUUGGCCUGAAGAGAAUUACCCAGAGAGAGAGUCCAAUCGAGCUAGAAAGAGAAGACUCUUCCCAAAGAUUAUCCCCAAGACUGAUAACUCAGGAAAGUUUGUUGUGCCUUGUAUCAUCAAAGGUAACAUUCUUGAGCAAUCUUUGUGUGACACAGGAGCCAAUGUGAACAUCAUGUCUAAGAGGAUAGCUGACAAGAUAGGCCUCACCAAGAUAGAGCCAUCAUCCAUCUCCAUCAACUAUGCUGAUUCAUUCUCACAAACCCCUAUGGCUUUGUGCCUAAUGUGA